GUACCAUAGAUCCUUACAUAGUAUUAUACACGGGAGCGGAUUGGCCUGUCGGGAAAUCAGGAAUCUUCCCGAAUAUUUAAUAUAUUUUUAUUUAAUAUAAUUUUUUAAAAUAUUGAAGUUUAAAAAAUAAAUUUCUUUUGAAAAAUUUCGGUUUUUUAAUUAUUAAACAUUUUGUGAACAAAAAUAUUUUCAAAAAGUUAAAACUUUUCAAAAUAAUGAGUGGUUGCGAUAUAUCUUUUAUUCUUUAUACAUUAUAUGGUAGGUAUAUUUUAUAUACUAAAUAUAAUAUAACUAGUGGUAUAAUAUAAAGUAAAAUGCAUUUUUAUUACUGGAAAUUACUUAUGUAGACCUUUUCAUACUUUCAUGCUAUUAUUUAAGUGAAAUAAAUUUAGUCUGUCAAAAGUCACUAGUUUCAAAACGUUACAAUAUAAAUUAUAAUAUAUUUUUUUUGUAACAAUGAAAUACUAUGUUUAAAAUUUUAAAGUUGUUGUUCUUUUUUUCGGUAUUCCAAAAAUCACUGUACACAUUGCAUAAUAUAAAAUUCCGGAAUUUGUAUGUAACAUGAUAUACUAUAUUAUAUACAACAUAUUUUAUAUUUACCAAUUACCAUUAUAUAAAAAUUGAAAGUGGGCUAUUAUUGUUUUACAAUAUCAAUUUUAAUAACAAUUGUAUUAUGCUCUAAUUAAUUUUAUUAUUAUCAUUAUUCAUAUUUUUUUUCAAUAGCUAGGUACAAUAUAUUUUUAUAAAAAAACAAAGACUCCUAAUUUUAUGCGUGUUAGGUCUAAAAAAAAAUAAGAUAAAGAAUCGUACAUAAAAUAAUUUACAUUUUUAUUCUGUAGGUACUUGACUCAAACAAAUUUACCAAAUAUAUUGCUAUAUUUAAUUUUUCAUAAUUCCAAAAAAAUAUCUGUAUUUAGGAAUUAUUUAUGUUAUCAAUAAAUUAUAAAUAUUAAUUAAUAAUACAUAAAAUAUAAAUUUUUAAAUUUACGUAUUCUGAUUGAGUGAAUCAAGUAGUACAUGGUAUCAACCAAACCGUUCAAUCAGAAGACGUAGAUUUAUGCACGGUGUAUUCGAAACACGGCUUAAUAAUAAAUAUAUUUUAUGUAUCCACUCGGUGAAUGACAUUUCACACUAGUUCGAAAAAUGAUAAGAAUCGUCAUCGGACAUCGAAAACCUGCCUUGAUCGCAUACACUGAUAUAUAUAAUAUAUAUAUAUACAUAUUAUAAUAUAUGUAUGCAUAAUAUUAAUAAAUAUAUCAUAAUAUAUAUCUGUGUUGGCAUAUUAGCCACAAAUUCGUUCAGGGUCACCGGUCAUAAAUUAAUAGUAAACCAUUUUAGUAGUUACGGUUACAAUUCAUAGUACUUAACCGGUAAAGCGGUGACAGCGGUAAAAAUAUUAAUUUAUACAUGAUUUAUCCCCUCCUAUUGUUGCAAAAUAAUAAGAAGAUACCCAUUUUGUACGAUAGACAACGAUAUAACGACAGCAAUAACCACUAAAACGGUUACGAUAAUAACGAUGACAUGUUCUAGACGCCAUUGUUUAACGAGGAAAAAUAAAAUUUCAAGAGGGGAUGAUGGAAAGUCACUGAUCGAUACCUGGGAAGCGAGAUUUGUAGUUUGUAACCAGUGUGGCCGGUAAAACCAAACGAAUUUCGUUAUUUUGUAACCGAUUACAUUUUAGGGGAAUUAGUAAAUUAUUAUUAAUUUCCUACGUUCCACGCAAAACAACAGUAAAUUGAAAUUGUUGAAGUAUUUAGUAUUCAAAUAUUACAAAUUGAAAACAUAUAGGUAUAGAAAUUAUGCUUUCGGUCCGAUAUUAAUUAUUCUUAUCAUUAUCGAACUGCCCUAUAUUCCAGCGUUGCCAACCCUACGCGCGUGUAAUAACGUUCUCGCGACAUAUGUACACGACAUAAAGGUCUCCGGAUUCGGGCACAUGACAUAAUAAUUAAUAUUAUUAAACGUACGGCCGGAAUACACUCCGUAUUAUUCGGCACAGCGCAUCUUCUAUUAUUCGAGAAUGAUUGUCAGUUAUGUGUCAUACGAGUCUGCACUCUUGUUGUAAGCCCCAUUGGUAUUGUGUUUUAAUUGUCGUGCCAUUGACUGUUCAAUUUCACGGGCUGCCGGCAAGCUUCUACUAAUCGCGGUCUACUAAUUAUUAUCAAUUUGAAACUCAAUUGAUCAGCGAUCAUGCCAUGUAAAAAAAAAUAUACCACUCCCGUGCAUCACAGUAGUUGAUAUUUUAGAAUACCAUUCAUUAGAUAGAAUAUAUUUUUAAUUCAAAGCAUCCGCCCUUUCAUUAAUUAUUGUUUCGCUACUGUCUGCUGAAUGGCUUUUUUUUUUUAUCAUUUUGUUUUUUUAUUUUUGCUCGUUCUGCUAGAUUAGUAUUCAACAUAUCAUGCCAUUUGGUAUUACAGUAUUAAACAGUACUUGUGUACCGAUUAUAUUAUUGAUGUCUUCAUGUUUUUCCCAAACGUAUUUGUAUUUAAUUGGUGUUUACUGCUAUCUCAUGUUUAUAAUGACUCUUUCAAAUAUAUAAGUUUUAUUGCUACUUAGCAAUGAAACAGUGAUCGUUUUGCACACGUCGAAUCUUGCAUACAACGUUUAAUUUCAAUUACUAUUGUGUAUUAAAUUUAUAAUAAAUUCUAAAAUCAUGUCAUUAGAUGAAGACGAUCCCGAAAUUCAUUUUAUGAAAACCUACAGCAUAAUGAAAUGGGAUGAACUUGUGUAAGAAUCAGUGUCAUAAGCUAUGUCAGGAAAUUAUCUCUUGUAUAAAUUGUAAUUUUUUGAAAUUUAUUUUAUUUUGAAGAAAACUAAAUGAAGAACGAAAAAUUAUCAGCCAUAAGAUAUCACACAAGAUAGUUAGCAGGGAGGAAUUGGUGAAGCAAAUAAAAGCCGAAUUGAUUUUGAUGGAUACGUGUCAACUCAAAAUCGAUGUAUGGUUACAAAUUAUAAUUAAAACAUGAUUAUAUGGUAAGUUUAUUAAUUAUAUUAAUUUUUUUUUACAGCAAGAAAUGAAAGAAAAUGAUACAGGAUAUAUCAACACUGAAGUGCUUACCAUCUUUUCAAAUCGUAUCAAUGAUAUGUAUAAUAAUAUGUUUAUAUUGUUUCCCGUUGAAAAAACAACAUUAUCAGAAUAUAUUGAGUUCUGUUCAAAUAAUGUAAGUAAAUUAUUGAAUAUACUUAAUUAAUAAAUAAUUACAUAAAAAGUGAAUUUUGCACUUUUACGUAUUAUAUCAUAUUAUAAACAAAAAUUAAUUUAUUAUGAUAAAAAAUUUGUUUGUUUUAACUUAUUUAUAUUAUACCUACUUGUUAAACUUGAAAUAAACAUGUUUAAUUUCAGAAAUUAUUCAUUACUAAAUGUAGCAAAAUGUUGGAUACACUUAUGGCAAGGUAUCACACUGAUCCUGAAGUAUACAUAACUGCAGCAACAUAUGAAUUUGACGAUCGAAAUGACGUUGAAACUGCAAGGCGGUAUUUCGCAGAAGGAUUGAAAUAUCAUUCAAAUUGUAAAAGCUUGUACGUAGAAGAAUUUUGGGUAGAAGUUCAGCAUUUAGAAAAGACCGCAGGUGCUUCACUUCCAACUGCAAUUGGAAAAUACAGACACCUUAUAAAACGGUUUGAAGGGGAUAUGGAAUUUCAUUUUAUACUCUUGGACAAAGCAAUCCAAUUAAGUGCAGUUAGGGAAUUGCAAUGCAAUGUUGUCAGGUGUAGAUCAAUUAUUAAAUUAUUUAAUUCUUUAACCAAAGUACCUCCAUUGGGAGGUAUUUUCAAUUUAUACUUCCUAUGCAUUUAUAAUUUAUCAAUCUAGCUUAUUAUUUCUUUUAGAAACAGAUUGCUGGAAAAUUAAUACUAAUGUAAAAAAAAAAUUAUUUAGGAGUAAUUAUUAUUUUUUUUAAUUUUUUUUUGUAAUAUUUCAGAGAUAUGGUAAAAAAUUACAGACACAGUGAAUAUAUGUGGCAAAAAUUAGCUAAAAUUCAUUUUGAUGGAUUUAUAUAUCACCACGAAACAGAACAAUUGCAUUAUGACAAAAAUUAUAUUAGUGGAAUAAGGUAACCUUUAUAAAAAGUGUGGAUGGUUUCAAAAUAUAAUUAUUUAAUUUUUAAAGGAAUUGUAUUAAAACAUAUGAAGAUGGGUUGAAAGAAAAUUUACCACCAGCAAACAAACAUAACCUGUGGAAUUUUUAUAUCGAUCACGUGAUAGAAAUUCGAAAAUCUUAUCGUAUGAAAAAAGAAACAAUAAGAAAUUUUAUGAAUGAGACUAUGGAACGGGCAUUUCAGGAAGCACAUGAUAACAAGGCAUUACGCAAAGCGGAACAUUAUAUUUAUUGGGUAUAAACCAUCUUUCUGAAAUAAUUACUGAACGUACUGAAAUGCCAAUAAAAUGUAUAUAAAUAUAUAUUUUUUUUUAUCGGUUUAUCAAUUUAUUAAAAUGUGCAAAAAAAUUAAAUAAAAUGUUUUUAUAAGUUUAUUAAUUUUAUCUCAAUGUAUACAAGCAUUUGUUCGGUAGAGUUGUUGGUGUUGGUAUCGUUCAAUUAUAAAAUGUCUUGCAGCAGCAGAGGUUGCAAGUUUCUGUUUUCCAAUCUAGUAUUUUUUAUGAGUACCUCAUUAUUUUAAAUUGUAUAAUAUCCAUUAAAAACAAAAAUUUAAAAAAAAUCAUUUAAUUACUAUACAUUUUUUUUUAAAUGCUCAAUUAAUGAUAUUCAUAAGCAAUUUUUUUUGUCAGUCUUGUCAGAUAAACAGGUACUUGCUGACCUAUUAUUGACUUUUCUAUGUUUUUUGUUGUAAUUGAAUUUAAUUUUGGCUUUUUGGCAUUUCAUGUUUUGACUUGCCCACCAAUGUUUCCUUCAUGGUUGAUGAUAGUCUUUCUAGUUAUUUUCUAUUAUUUCAUUUAAAGUAUUUUGUUGCUUAUUUUCUUUGGAUUUUUUUCAGGGUAUCUUUACGUGAAGUUGUUUUCUUUUAUGUGCUGAAACUUAGUUAUGAUAAACUCUGAUUCUUAAAUUUGGCAGUCAUUUAGUACUCUCAAAAUACAAACCAAUUUCUACUUCUAAACUUAUUUCAAUCUCACUUUGUGAAAAUCUUUGAAUUUUUUUUUCAUUUAAGUGCCUGUGUUCAUAUUAUUCUUUUAAUAUAGAGGAGAAAUAAGUAUUUCUUCGACAAUUUUUUAGUUAUUUUGUGUUUAAGACAUUCCUGCAAUCCCAAGUUAACAUCAUUUUUGUAGAUUUCAAUAAAACUUUUGCUUCUAUAAAAUAUUAGGCUCAUUUUAUAAUUGAAUUAAAAUUCUUCAUGAUUGGGGUCUGGGUAACUUACUAUGGAUAUUAUGAAUAUCAAUGUGUUGUGAUCUAAUGUAUUUUUAGUUUUUCUGUCUCAUUUAUUUUUUUCUCUCUUUAGUUUUUAUGAAUAAUGUUUAUCAAUUUCUAUGUCAGUCUUAUAUACUUUGCUUUGUUGGUGAUAUAUAAUUUUAUUUGUGGGUCGGUUCUAAUUAUGAUUAUCUGGAUGUGGUGAGUUGUUUGGAAUCUUAAGCUUGACAUUAAAUUCAUCAAAAUGCAAUUUCUAUCAUGAUAUUUUUUAGGCUAAUAACACAAAUAAGGAUUGUCAUAUGAUUCUAAUUGAAGCAGUUGGUGUUGUAAAAGACAAUGUAGAAAUUUGGGUAAAAUUAUUAUCAUACUUUGUGGAUUUUGACAGUCUUGAAAUGGCAAUUGAAGUGUUUCAAGCUGGUGUUAGGGCUUUGACAAACAGAUCAUUGCCCUUAUGGCAAAUUGUUAUCUUGUACAUGCAAAAUACUCACCCAAAAUUGGUAAGUAUAUCCAUUAAAUAUAUAAGGUUAAAAAUGUAAUGUUAUGAUAUGUAGGAUCAUAAAGAGUCAGUUAAUAAAUUAAUUAUUUAUAUUGUUGUCUUUAUGUAGCUUAAACAGUUGUAUCAAGAAGGGGCACGUUAUCCAUAUAAGGAAAUCAAUUUAUAUAUCAGACCUCAAUAUUUAGAAUGGUGUGUACUUCAUAAUGGCAUACUUUCUACUCGAGAGUUAUUUAAUGAGUUAAAAGAAAUGGAACCAGAAUGUAAAGAAUUGUAUACAUCUAUGAUUUCAUAUGAAAAAUCUCAAUCUUCAUCAAAUACUAAAUUAGGUUCUAUAAGGAAAUUAUAUAAUGACACAUGUAAUGCGUUUGGUCAAAAAGAUAUUGGUAAGUAGGUAUUAAUUUAGAGUAAUUUAUCUAUCAUUAAAACUGUAAUUUUUUUUUUAUAUUUUAUUUAUUCAAUUUCUUACUUGUGAAACAUUCAGAAAAUGUUUAAUUUUUAAUUUCUUUGUAACUUUGCUGUUAGUUAUUUUAUUUGUCUAUUCUUAAAGCUAACUAAUACUAAUAAUUCAUAUUAUAUAUAUAUAUAUAUAUAUAUUUAUAUAUAUAGGUGUGUGGAUUGACUGCAUUCGCUUUGAAUACAUGUAUGGCUCCCAGGCAUUAGUAAAAGAAAUUUAUAAGGCAUCAUUAGUGUGUUUGGUACCAGAAUUAAUAAACACUAUGACAGAAGAAUUUGAAAAACUUAAUAAAGAAUUUAAGUAUGUAUCUUUUCAUGUGUUAUAUACCAUUGUAUUGAUGUAGAAAAUAUAUUAGAAUUAUUUUUUUAGACAAGAAGACCCAGUGGAUGGAGGAAUAAUUGUUAUUGAUGAUGAUUGAUAUCUCAUAUCAAUAUUUAUAAGUAAACAAAUAAUCUAAAAUAUU